AUGGAAGUAGUUAAGAAGGAGAUACUCAAACUCCUGGAGGUGGGAAUCAUCUUUGCCAUCUCGGACAGCCCGUGGAUGAGCCUAGUUCAAGUAGUCCCGAAAAAGGUGGGAGUAACUGUAGAAGAGAAUCAGGAAGGGUUCUAUAGGAGAUUCAUCAAGCACUUUUCAAAGAUUGGAGCACCCUUGUUCAAAUUGUUGCAGAAGGAAGUAGCAUUUGACUUCACCGAUGAAUGCAAGAUGGCAUUUGAUAAACUAAAAGAAUCGUUGACAUCACCACUCGUCAUUCAACCCCUAAACUGGAGCCUCCCAAUCGAAAUAAUGUGCGACGCGAGUGAUUACGCAGUGGGAGCAGUGUUGAAGCAAAGGAUUGGCAGGGCAGCGCAUGUAAUUUAUUAUGCAUCGAAAGCGUUGAAUGGAUCUCAACUUAACUACUCUAUGAUGGAGAAAGAAUUAUUAGCUAUUAUUUUUGCACUAGAAAAAUUUAGAUCUUAUUUAUUGGGUACAAAAGUAAUAGUUUUCUCUUAUCAUGCAGCCUUAAGGUACUUGCUGACGAAGAAGGAUGCAAAACCAAGGCUCAUCAGAUGGAUCCUACUCCUGCAAGAGUUCGACCUGGAGAUUAAAGAUAAAAGUGGGGCAGAGAACUUAGUUGCUGAUCACUUGAGCCACUUGCUUGUACAUAAGGAGGGGCAGUCAUUGAGAGAGGCAUUUCUAGAGGAGCAAUUACUUGCCGUUGAUUCGUCUGCACCUUGGUAUGCUGAUAUAGUGAAUUUUUUAGUAGCUAAUCAAUUAUCUACAGAUUUCAUGGGUCCUUUUCUCUCGUCCUUUGGUUUCCUAUAUAUCUUACUUGCCAUUGAUUAUGUCUCUAAGUGGGUGGAAGCAAGAGCCACCCGGACUAACAAUUCUAGAGUAGUUGCAGAGUUUUUAAAGUCUAACAUCUUUGUCCGCUUUGGGAUGCCAAGAGCUGUAGUGAGUGAUAGGGGGACACAUUUUUGUAAUAAGACUAUUGCUGCCCUAUUCCGAAAAUAUGGCAUACUCCACAAAAUAUCCGCGCCGUAUCACCCACAGACAAUUGGUCAAGCUGAAAUGUCAAAUAGGGAGAUCAAAUUAAUCUUGGAGAAGAUGGAAGCAGGGGUCCAUAGGAAAUUGCAACUACAAGAGUUGGAAGAGAUUAGGAAUGAGACAUACGAGAAUGCAGUGAUUUACAAGGAGAAAAGAAAAUUUUUUCAUGAUCAACAAGUCUCAAAAAAGUCAUUUGUAGUAGGGCAAAAAGUUCUCUUGUAUCACUCGAGAUUUAAACUUUUUUCUGAUAAGUUACGUUCUCGUUGGAUUGGUCCAUUUGUCGUUUCUAUUGUUUUUCAUUAUGGUGCAGUGGAAAUUCAAAGUUUGAAGAUAGAGAAGAAGUUUGUAGUGAAUGGUCAUCGCCUCAAACCUUACUAUGAAGGAUUCUCCGUUGAGUAA